AUGGCAGCACGGAAGCUCCUUGUUCUCUUUGGCAGCCAGACUGGCACAGCUCAAGACACAGCCGAGAGGAUCGGCAGAGAAGCCAAGCGGCGGACAUGUGUUUGUAGGCUGCUGACCUGAAUGUGUCUUUCCAUGUUGUGCCCACAGGCCAACCUCAUCAAUGAGCUGUUGGUGGUGUUUGUGUGUGCAACCACUGGCCAGGGUGACCCCCCUGACAACAUGAAGCUGUUCUGGCGGUUCCUGUUCCGGAAGAACCUGCCCCCUGGUUCCCUCUGCCGGCUGGACUACGCCGUGCUGGGCCUCGGCGACUCCUCCUACCCCAAGUUUAACUUCGUUGCAAAGAAGCUGCACAAGCGGGUGCUGCAGCUUGGGGGCAGCCCUCUGCUGCCAGUGGCCUUGGGUGAUGACCAGCAUGACUUGGGGCCGGACGCAGUGGUUGAUCCAUGGCUUGUGGCCUUAUGGGACAAGAUCCUCAUGUUGUAUCCUCUCUCUCCUGGCCUUGAGAUCAUUAGUCCAGAUGUACGCCUGCCCCCAAAGUACACCCUACACUAUGUGGCUGAGGACUCCCCGCAGCCCAACGGGGCCCUGUUCCAGCCCACAAAACCCAGAGCUGCUCCCUCUGAGCUCUGUCCCUUCGCUGCUCCAGUGGUGUCCAACCAGCGGCUCACGGCACAAUCCCACUUCCAGGAUGUCCGGCUCAUGGAAUUCGAUGUCACAGGCUCAGGGAUCACGUUCAGUGCUGGGGACGUGGUGAUGGUGCAGCCCCAGAACUGCCCUGAAGAUGUGCAGCAGUUCUGCCAGCUCUUGCGCCUGGACCCGGACAGACACUUUGUGCUGAAGCCCACGGAGCCCG